AUGAAGUCUACCAUCCUCUCCCUCGCAGCCAUCCUCGCCGCAGCCACCGCGCUCCCCACCCCGUUGGCAAACGCCCCCACCGCACUCUGGGCCGUCAACGAAUUCAGCAUCUACAGCAGCCAGUCGACCCGACUGGCCUCGAUCUCAUUCCUGACCGACGCACCAGCCACCGCUGGCCCGACUUACCAAUUUCACCAGUGCCGCGGCACGAUGCCCGCGGACGCGGACGGCGGCGUGCCAGCUUUCGUUCGCAUUCCGUGCGACGACGCCGGCAGUACCACCUUCAGCUUCAACCCGCCCACCGACGACUCGAAGUCGGCCGCAUCGCUGCUGAUCUACGCCGCGGGCAAGACGGGCGUGGCUAUGUUCAACCGCAAGAGCCUUGUGUUCCAGGAUGGGACGGAGCGGUGGGUUGGGUCGGCGAACUUUGCGAUCUCGAAUAUCUUCUAG